AUUUUUAAGAUUUCUUAGGGCAAGUCUAGAGUGGUUACACUCCAGGGCCAGUUUGGCCUCUUUCUAACUCUAAGCUGUGUCCUUUCUAGAGUUUUUACCAAAUGUCUCUGGCUCUUCCUCUGCAACUGACCAGAGCUCCUGACGCAUCCCAGCAUUGUGCACGCCCUGUGGGUGGUUCAGUCUGUGUCUCUCUCCGGUAGCUGUCACCAGAUUCCGCUCAUGGAGCUGACCCCACACGUGCUUGCUAGGUUCCGCUGAGUUACGGGGAAUUCCUGUGUGGAUUUCUGCAACCCCUUCCUCACCCAGCUCCCUCCUCUCUGCUACUCCCCCCCACCCCGCUCCACGAACUUCUGUCACCUCAGCCAUCCGGGGUGGUGAUCUCUGUCUUCUCAGUUCUGCAAGGCUGCUACACCCUGCGUGGGACCCCCUGCCUGCAGUGUAGGCUAGAAAUGCACCCACAGGCUGUGAAAGCCAGGGCGCUCCUUGGGCUGACCUCUUUUGUUUCUCUUCUCAUCCAGGUCACGGUCCUGUGCUGAUUGUCAUCCAGUAUCUAAAAGCAGUUGGUGCAUAUACUUGGUCUAGUUUUCUAGUUGGUUUUGUGGUUAGGAGAUAGAUCCUCUCCGUGCAGGACACGCUCAUCUUCACGGUCUACCCUGAACUGUUGACUUCCCCCUUUUCCAUCUUGGCUUCCUGAGCUGCUCGUGACCUGCCCAGCAGAGGAGGUCCGAGGAGAGAGAAGGUGGAGACCCAUGCAGCCACGGAACCCGGCCAUCCCGCACUUUCACACACCAGCAGCUCCCAAGCCUGGCGCCGGCGCUGGUUUGUGCUCCGGCGGGGCCGCAUGAGCGGCAGCCCGGACGUGCUGGAGUACUACCGCAGCAAGCACGCGAGCAAGCCCAUCCGUGCCAUCGACCUGAGCGAGUGCGCCGUCUGGAGGCACGUGGGCCCUGGCUUCCUGCGCAAGGAGUUUCAGAAUAAUUUUGUGUUCAUCGUCAAAACGACUUCGCGUACCUUUUAUCUGGUGGCCAAGACUGAGGUGGAGAUGCUGGUGUGGGUGUACAGCAUCAGUCAGGUCUGCAACCUGGGCCAGCUGGAGGAGGGUGCAGAUCCGGCCGAGAGCUGCUCUCGUGGGCUCUCCGCCCUCCAGCCGGCGCCCGGCAGCUGCCUUCCCAGCGGCCGCGCCUCCAGCUCCUCCAGGCCAAGAGGUGACCUAAGCACAGAUUUCAUGGCCACUGAGGACAGCAGAAGCGAGUCAGAGUUUCUGCCCCUUCCGGACUAUCUGAUUCUGUCCAACUGUGAGACUGGACGACCGCGACAGGCCAGUCUGCCCAGCAGGUACGACAGCUGCUCGACCUUGGAGCGCUCGCUGGAGCAGGCGUCAUCCGAUGACGUCUUUGUCGACUGCCCGCCGCCCGCGGCCCCCGCUGGCUCGGGCCGCCUCUUGCGCUGCGGGAGCGGCUCCCAGAAGGUGCUUUCCCUGCGGCCACAGGCCACCCUGACGCGGAGCAGAGACAGCACUGGGCUGGCCAGGGAUUGCUGCUCUUCACCGCUGCCAGAAAUGCCCUUAAAUGCCACCAUUCGGGUUGACAAGAACCAAGGUCUCCUGCCCUACGAGGCCACAGAACGCGACCUGGCAUCCUGCCCGCCGCCGCCGCGCCCUCCGAAGCCGAGCCACCUCUCCGAGCGGCGCCAGGAGCAGCCGCUGGCGGGCAGUGUGCGCCCCGUCGGGAGGCCAGAAAGUGCUGCGGUGCCGAGAAGGGUCUCUCUCUCCGGCUUAGAGAACGUGGGCACCUGGAAAGCUGACGUAGAAGGCCAGUCGUUAAGGCACCGAGACAAGCGGCUUAGUUUAAAUUUGCCGUGCGGCUUCUCCCCCGUGUACCCCACGGCUCCAGCUGGGGCCGAGGACGGCUACGUGCCUAUGGGCCCCCAGGCGGCCGGCUCCAGUCUUCGAACCCCCUGCGGCCACGACGACUACAUCCCAAUGAGCCCAGGAAACCUCUCGAGCCCACUGCCCGAGCUGCCGGCAGACCUGGAGCCUCCCCCAGUGAACAGAGAUCUCAAGCCUCAGAGGAAACCACGGCCUCCUCCCCUGGACCUGAGAAACCUCUCCACCAUCCGGGAACACGCGUGUGUAACCAGGACCUGCACCGUCCCUUGCAAUCGAACCAGAUUUCUCUCUCCAGAAAGAAAUGGUAUUAAUUCUGCAAGAUUUUUUGCCAAUUCCGUUUCCAGAGAAGAGGAAGAAAGCUACAUCCACAUGAAUCACAGAGCGGCGCACUCGCUGAGCGGCGGCACCCUGACGUGGGCGAGGAAAUCCAGCCUGGAUUACCUGGCUCUGGACUUCAACUCAGCGUCGCCGGCGCCCGCCCAGCAGAAGCUUCUCGUCUCGGAAGAACACAAGGUUGACUACGUGCAGGUAGACGAGCGGAAGACCCAGGCCCUCCGGAGCACAAGGCAGGAGUGGACAGACGAGCGGCAGUCCAAAGCGUGAGGCGCAGGCCGGGCCGCAAGUGGGCGAGCAAGCUCAGCGCAGGCGCGGAGCUGCUUUGCCAGAAUUGCAGCGAUGGGCGAAGCCAGUCAAGAGCCAGAGAGAAGCUGUGAUUGCCGUGAGCUUGCCAAGAAGCUUUGGGAGAGAGGAUGGAUUUGUACCCACUGAAGGGGGACAAGGGGGUUGUCUUCCCAGCACCCACGCCCAUCCCUGCCGAUCCCGGCAGUGGCCUUCCCUGGCCACGCUGGCCCAUGGCCUCUGGGAUGCUUGCAGUUGGCUCCACUGAUAUAAGAGGCAGCGAUGGAAGAUUCCAGAGCCGUGAACUAUAAUGCAGAGAACUCCAUUCAGGCAGGGUAGGAACGAUCAAAAACAAGGCUUCAGAGUGUGUUUUCUGCAGAGUUUGGUUCAGAAUCUCUUUGGCGGAGCACUUGGAGGGGAGAUCAGAGCCAUUACUGGCACCAGACGGGAUGACUUAACCCUCAGGUUUGAAAACUCUGACCCCUCUUCUGUGCUUCCCGUCCAGCCUCUGAAGACCUGGUUGGGGGGAUGAAACCCAGAGGUGGUGGCAGCAUCUAACCCUCACAGAUAAAUCAUUCCUGACCCCAAGAAAGGCAAUUCGAAUGAUGGGGGCAGUCAGCCCCGGGCCCCAGGGGGAGCACGUCAGACGCCACUGGCUGGCUGGCUCUGCCAUGGCUGCUGGCCUUUCUGGGAACGUCUUCACACAUAUCAUCUCACCUCUUUCCUAAAACACCUCAGAAGCCAGGCUUGGCAGAGACUGUUGCCCCCACUGCAAAGGCAAGAGAACAGAACCAGAAGAAGGAACUCUGCCUCCGGUCCCUCAUGGAGCGAGGCGUACAACGGAGUUGGCCAGGUGCACGUCGUAGGCUCACGCCACUGCCUCUGAGGACAGUGAUGAAGCCUACGCAUUCGGUCACCCUCGGAGACUGAGGAACACGUGCAGACACAAGAUGAGACAUCAUCGCUUCUCCCUUUCCUGUGACUUUGAGCAGGUGCUUUCUGACGUGAAUGGCGUGCGUGUCCAGGCCGGUUUUCUCUGUGUGGUGUUUAGAUGGGAAGCUCCCGUUCGAAAUACCUCUUUGACAGUCACUGUGAAAUCCGUUCUUCAAUCACGUGGCACCCUUGCAGUGUGUUUCCCGUGAGCUGGCUAAUGCUGACAGAAUUGUUUGUCCCCCCGGGAAGGCACGAAUCAUCCCUGGCUGUCCCGUGCCAGACUCAAGCUUUUGAGCGAUAGGUAGUUAUGACCAGAAAACAAACACAGCACAACACAGCAGAAGACAAUGAGUUCCAUUCUCAAAUUUCCCGAUGAAUUUUCCCUUCUGUUUUAGUGAUGACUCAGUCUGGAAACCAAACGGUUCCAGUUUGUCGUGAGGGCAUCAUGUCACCCCUUCCUUGGUGGGGUGCUGGGGCCCAGGGGACCCAGAUGAAAGUCUCAGUCAGGCAUGGGGUUUGACGUAACGGCCCUUGAUUCUUCUGAGCACCUGCCGCCAGAAGACAAAUUGAGUGACGGGGAAUUAAGCAGAUCCGGGGCCACCCUUCUUCGUGGCGUGGUGUCUCGUGGGACCCUGGACUAGCUAAGCAGGCAGGUAGAUGAUAGUCAGGGCCGGUCGGAGCUUGUAGGCUUUGCUGUAGGGGUUCGGGGUUCACAGUGUCCCAAAGGUGAAGUAAAUGCCAGUCUGGGCCUUUCAGACUGUUCGAGUACUUGACGUUCAAAGCAGAGGACCUGGUCACCUCAUUUCCUUCCCGGCGGAAAGUGGGGAGAAAUUCUUGGCCAGUUUAAAUGAUAUAAGGGCCCCUUAAUGAACCUGGACAGAGAAAUGAGAGGGCCCCUGUUCCCCGCAGCCACUGCCGCAUCCCAACACACAGGCCAGAGCCGGGAAGGAGCAAUCUUCGUCCCGGUGUGACUUGCAGGGAGUCACAGGGCCUCGGACCGGAAGGCAGGGCUGUUGGUUCUCCUUGAUGGUACCUGCCUUGUGCGGGCACCCAGGUUCAGAGUCUCGGUUACCUGACCGAGGCCAGUACAGACAAACUCUACACCCGGGUGCCAGGAAUCGCCCAGUCUGGAGAUCAGAGAAGAGAACAGCUGCACCAGGUCCACCAUGAAACAGCAUCCGACCGAGUGCCACGCAGAGCUCCUGCCUGCAGAGUGUCCCCUGGAAGCCGCGGCUGCACAGAGCAGUACACGCUCGGGUAGCGUGACCUGUUUGGGAGCUAUUCGUUUGGGAUUCCUGAAGAAGAUGACUUCACCCUCCUUUCCAGGGCGCACAAGACCGCGCCACUCUUCAACAAGGCCGCUGCUGCAUGGUACCCCGAAAGCGUGCGGGCUCGGGGCCAUGCAGGGCUGACAGCAGUGGCCGCUCCCGGGAGAGGCACCGGAGGUCACAGUGAUGCUGCCAGAUCCGGCCUUCCUGCGGAGGGGGAUGCAUGUGCCGUGGUGCUCUGAAUCUGACCAGGGCAAGGUCUGGGGCUUUUUUAAAAAUGGCAAUGGUCUUGGAUGGCAUUCCGAGUCCAGGCGACAUGCGUGUGAGUCAGGUGCCGGGACGCCAUCCUGGAAGCCAGCAGGACAUUGUGGCCCUUGAUCCCACAUUGUUUUCUUCAUCGUUCCUUUCUGCUUUAUUUUCUUCCAUCUCGUUGCGUUAGGAAGCUCCUCCAGGUCAGGGGUCGUGUAGGGCAGGGCAUCCGGCCUGCAAGUCCCUAAGGCCACAAGGUCAGGCACCUCGGGGUCCAGCUUUCCAUGGGGCGGGUGGGGCUCCAAGGCCCAGGGCCAUCCUGGAAUGUCCCAGUCCCUCUUUGGUCCCUCUUCGCUGGAGCCAGGAGAGGCAGGACUGUGGCUUCGGAUCAGGGCCAGACAGAAGGCUCCUGUCAGCCCUCCUGGUCUCUGUUAAUACCAUAAUCAUGCCGAUGUGUAAAGAUUCCUUGUUUUUUAAUGUUUCAUUUCUAGCAUUAAUAAAAGUCACAUAAGGGGGAAUCAUACCCCAGUUGUCCCUCACUUGCUGGAAGUGAUGACGUUAGAUGCAAACGCGGACUGCGAGCACUUGAGCACUGCCUCGGCUCAGCCGAACCACACUGACCCCGAUAACACAUGUAACAAGACCUUCGUCAUUACUGACCUUAAAAAGCGACAGCCCCAGCUUGCCUCUCCCCAACCCAAGUCUCUCGUGCCACCAGCCCCUCUCCGCCGCCGAGGCUCCCAGCUGCUCUGACGGCCAGGUCAGUGGCAUCUCCAAGCCACGAAGCGAGGCAGGGACAGCCAAAGUGGUGGGGGCUCAGGUUUGGGGCGACAGGCCAAAGGCAGAGAGGAGAAAAAGCCACACGAUUACUUGCCCCUGAGAAGUAUGAGGCUGACCUCAUGACUGCUUUUGCCCAGCACAUCCCAGCCCAAGCCCCUGGCCCAGAGAAGAGCAGCUUGGCCCACAGAGCUGACCUGGGGAGCGGGGGCCAAGAACCCUAACCUCAAGGGUAUUUGAACGCCAGGCCCCUUGUGCUCUGGCCCCUUUACCAGACACCCACCUCAGUUUCUAGCUUCCUAAUUCUCCUGUAUUUCUCUUGACCUUACGUUGCAUUUAGUGUUAUCAUUUCCCUACUUGGUGCCAUGUGGUUUAGAAACUUGGAUUUUAUUUUCUGCACCCGAGGGAGGGUGGAUUUGGUGCAGGCUGGACCGGGGGGCCAAGGGGCGAGAAGGCAGAGCUGAGCCGCAGACCCUCCCCCACCACAUGCACAGCACUUCACUGACGAGACAGGGGACACUGGAAGGCCUCGGCGACGCGAGGCCCUUCCCAAUUGAGGGUGCGCAGUCACUGGAGAGAGAUCCAUGUGCACGGUGAGGAACCCUGCCCCCACUUUGCCAUCUUCUACAACCCUUGGUUCCCGGCAGAGCUCAGUGGAAAAGGCAGAACAGCCGUGAGAUCAGCCACCACAGUUGCUCUGGUCUUUGGCUUGUGGUCAAGACCUCUGUCUUAGUGGAAUGUCACUUUCAUGAGACUUUGCCUUCCCUUGUUUGAGAGAGAGAGCACGGGAGUGGGGGGAGGGGCGGGGAGAGGGAAUCUCAAGCAGACUCUGCACUGAGUGUGGAGCCAGACUCGGGACUAGGUCCCACGACCCUGAGACCAUGACCUGAGCUGACCCCGAGAGCUUGACGCUCACCUGACUGAGCCCCCCCCCCAGGCGCCCUGGAGAGAUAAUUAUUGAUUGAAAAGGGACAGAAGAGAAGUGUGGUCUCUCAAGGGGGACCCUGUCCACUUGUUGGCUGUCAUGCCGUACCUGCCUGGGGUUUCCCCUCUGCGGAGCCCCUUUCCGGCUGUUCCCAGAGCUGCAUUACUGGUAAGAGCAGAGCAGGAAGGGCUGCAGAGUGGACUGUCCUGCUCAACCCCCUGAGAGGGACAGCAUCCAAAACCUCAGUUCCUUUACUUCAUGUUGGGACAAACUUUAAGUAGGAAUUCUACCCCCCAGAGUUCCCCAGUGGGAUCUGACUGAAUUUUCCCAGCCUACAUGGAUUCUUCCUGUGCCACUUUUCAACCCUCCAGGUGUCCAGUGAACUUGUGAAACAGAGUUGCGUGGUCACAUGAUAGGUCUCGCACCCCACUGGCUCCCCCAGAGCCCCGCCCCUGCACCUGCAGAGACGGGGUACGUCCCCACCCCGAGAACCUGGGGAGGCCUGGGCGGUGACCGGCCCCGUGAAGGGCACCACAGAAGCGAUGCUAGGACCCCUGAGGCCAGGUCACCGCCCCCCAAGAUGGGUGAGACAGGAAUCGAAAAGAACACAUUUGUACCUUCUACUGCAUUUUAGAGGGCACGGAGUGGGGUGGAGAAGAGAGCAGGAAAGGGUCUGUGGGGGGCGGCUGCUCUGGUAGGGAAGGUCAGAAUACGAGCUUCGGGAAGACUUGAAGGCGAGGAGGGCGUCAGCCCAGAGCUGCACGGGACAGAGCACCCAGGGCAGGGAGGACAGGCUGCAGGACCCUAAUUCGGAGCACCUAGAAUGCUGAAGGCACAGCCAAGGAGCGUUGCUGGUCCAUGUGAAGACCUGCUGAGGAUCUGCGGGAGGACACAGCCAGGGAAGGGAGCAGCGGGGACAUGUGACGGCUUCAUGUUUGGAAAGCAAGGAUCCCUGCAGCUUCUCUGUGAACAGAGUCCAAGAGGGUCAACACUAGAAUCAGGGAGCGCGGCUGGCAGAUCCCCACACUCACGCGCCUGCCAGGAAAUAUUUGCCUGGACUAGCGGAGGCGCCCACAGAAGGGGGCGAGAGGUUCUAUUCUGAACAGUUUCGGUAGAAACAACCUGUGGCUGGACGGAUGGGUGCCGGGAGAUGAAGGUCAAGAAUGACGCUGGGGUUUCACCUGAGCAACCGGAGUGAUGCAGUCAACACUCCAAACAAAAGUUAAACGACUGGGUGGAAAAGUCUCCGAGGGGUCAGGAGCCAGAGACCCAAAGCUUUUCAGAACGACUAAGACCUACCAUGGAAAAGCAGAAAGACUUGGGGUACCUCAUGGCUCAGGAGGUACAGCCUCUGCCCUG